AUGACUGGAGAUAUAGGAAACAGGAGGGAUAAUGCAUCCCUGUCUAGUGCACCUCCACCAUAUAAUAAUAAUUUAGGGCAUUCACAACCCUCUCCAUAUCGUUCACUGCAGGAACGAUUACAGGCGCUGAAGGUGGAUCCAGAUCUGGACUCCUGUCCCCCGGUGUUACAACAGCCCCAGCAGCCUCAGCAGCGUCAUCCAGAGGACCGAUGGAGAGAUGAGACAUCGGGUCCCGCUGACUCCAACCAUGGCCAAGCUACAGGGGGAACCGAAAGACCGUCAGCAGACAUGACCAGCCCUUCACGUACCAAGUCCGGGAAGAUCUACGGACCGGAGGUGUCAGCAACCUCCCCUUUCUACAAAUUUGGACAGACUGCAAAGGGCCUAUUUUUGGGACAAAAUACUGCUGAAGAUGAAGACACUGAGGUUUUUAGUGCCCCCAUGGUGGAAGUAUCAGGACCCACCGGCCCCAUAUUGGUUUAUCGCCCUUGGUCCCCCUCUGAAAUCAUGGAACAUGCUAAAAAUCUUCCUGACCCCACUGAAGAUGGUGAGAAAGCUAGCGAGGAGUGGAGAGCUUUCUGCCGUGAACACCGCCCCACUGGACUUGAACUGAGAAAAAUUCUUGCUAAAAUGCUCACUGCUAGUGAUCUGGCUAAGAUCCGUCCCCACCUCCCUCCUGAUGACACCGGCCUGAAAAAUCCAAACUGGGACGAUGAGCCGAACCGACCUUACAGAGAAGCCAUCACCACACUCUGUGAUGGCAUAAAGACUGUGUUCCCUAAUCGAGGAAGCCUGGCUGCCCUGAGAAAUCUGAUACAGGGCCCAGAUGAGCGCAUGGAGACUUUUCUACACCGCUGUGAAACUGUUUUCACCAGACACUCUGGCUUGGAGCGCCCUGCAGGAGACCUGGGGAACACUCCAGGACCAUGGGAACGCCUUCUCUGUCAGACCAUCAUUGAAGGUAUGAACAGAGAUAUGUUGGAAGUGGUGAAGAGACACCACAAUCCAAUAGAGAUAGGAGAGGCAGAGGAAGGGGCAGAGGAAGACGAGAGAGGGGCGGCAACCAACAACAGCGUGGGGCAUGUUAUCGCUGUGACAAAUAUGGACACUGGAAGGAUAACUGCCCACAACGACAUGGGCCGUGUCAUCGCUGUGGCCAAUAUGGACACUGGAAGGAUAACUGCCCUCAGGAUAAUGGGCCCACCCACCAGAAGGAAUACCACCCUCUCUCAGGUUCCUUCUGAUUUGUGGGCUACCUCUCCCCAUGAUGUGGGCCUGGUUAAGAACUGCCCCCCAGUAGUCAUCACUCCGAAAUCUGACUAUCGCCCCUGCCAGAAGCAAUAUCCUCUCAAACCUGAAGCUUUGGAGGGUAUUACACCUGUCUUUAAUUCACAUCUUAGGAGUAGUAUUGUUGUUUCUUGUCCAAAUUCGCCUGUUCGCACUCCUAUUUUCCCAAUCAUGAAACCACGUAAACCACCAGCCAAACCUGACUGGCGUUUUGUCCAAGAUCUCCAAGCUGUCAAUAAAGCAGUUAUUUCACGGGCCCCUAUGAUGCCCAACCCCCACACCAUCGUGUCGCAGAUUCCUCCUACUGCUACACAUUUCUCCGUGAUAGAUCUGGCAAAUGCUUUUACGUCUGUUCCUGUUCAUCCAGACAGCCAAUUCUGGUUCGCUUUUGAGUUCAAUGGGAAACCAUACACUUGGACCCGGCUUCCCCAGGGGUACUGUGAGUCCCCCACAAUCUACAAUGAGGUACUAAGAGAUUCUCUUUCUUCUUUGCAGCUUCCACAGGGCGUAGUUUUAUUAACUUACGUUGAUGACCUUCUGCUCUGCUGUCCUUCUGCCUCCUUGUGUGAGGAGGCCACACUGGCCCUCCUCCUCCAUCUUCAUUCUGAGGGUCAUAAAGCCAGUCUGCGUAAACUACAGUUCUGCCAGCCUCAAGUCAUCUUUCUAGGGCAUCACAUUUCUGCCACCACCAAGGCCCUGACCCCUAAACGGAUUGAGGCCAUUCAGAAAGCACCAAAACCUGUUACCAAGAAACAGCUGAUGUCAUUUCUAGGUAUGGUAGGGUUUUGUCGGGCCUUUAUUCCACAUUUUUCUGAACUUGAGGCCCCCCUGACUUCCUGUAUACAUGGUAAGAAUCUAUCUGCUCAUGACCAUUUCUUCUGGACCCCGGAGGCUGAGCAGGCUUUCCUGUCUGUGAAACAAGCGCUGUGUUCUGCUCCAGCCCUGGCUCUGCCAGACCCAGCCAAACCUUUCUUUCAGUUUGUUGAUGAAAAACAUGGUUUCAUGUCUUCUGUUCUCCUUCAACAGCACGGCUCUCACAAGCGCCCGGUGGCCUAUUACUCUUCCAAGCUCGACUCUGUUGCUGCGGGGCUUCCUGGCUGUCUGAGAGCUGUGGCUGCAUGUGAGAAGGCUGUACUUGCAUCACGUGACAUUGUGGGAUACAGUGAGCUAACUGUUUUUGUUCCUCAUUCUGUAUCCAUCAUUUUGCUCGAACAAAAGACUUCUCAUCUGUCUGCAGCUAGAUGGCUGAGAUACACCACAGUUCUUCUCGAUAUGCCUAACAUCACUAUGAAACGGUGUACAUCACUUAACCCUGCCACUCUUCUUCCUACCGCAGAAGAUGGUGUUCAUCACUGUUGUGAGACUGUUCUGUCUGAAAUCUGCACUCCGAGACCAGAUUUAUCUGAUGAGCCUCUUCUUAACUCUGAUCUCAUUCUUUUUUGUGAUGGCUCCUCCUUCAGAGACCAUUCUGGUAAGAACAGAGUGGGUUUUGCUGUCUGUGAUGAGCAUCAGGUUCUCUUCUCUGGCUCCCUCCCUUCACAAUUCUCUGCUCAGACAGCUGAACUUGUUGCUCUCACUGAGGCCUGUAAAUUCGCACAAGGUAAGUCCCUGACUGUGUAUACCGAUUCGCGUUACGCCUUUGGUGUAGUUCAUGACUUUGGUGCGUUGUGGCGUCACCGUAAUUUUUUGAAAUCUGAUGGUAAGCCUAUUUUGAACUCCACACAGGUUGCGGCUCUCCUUGACGCUAUUCUUCUUCCUUCAGAUGUCGCUGUAGUGAAAUGUCAAGCUCACACUAAUGACACUUCCUCUGUUGCCCGUGGCAACGCCUUGGCCGACCAGGCUGCUAAGCAGGCAGCUCUGUCAGCCUCGCCGCACAUUCUCACCUCUUCUCCUCUCACAGAAGAGGAUCACUCUCCUCCCUGUUCUCUGCAGGACAUCCAGUCUUUUUCUACUCCAGAGGAACGCUCUGUCUGGAAGGCUAACUCCUGCACCCCUGAUUCUGCAGGCUAUAACACCGCCCGCCCUCUUGCCUGCCCUCCAGCUGGUCAUACACCACCUAAUCAGCCUUUUGAUCAUUUGAUGAUGGAUUUCAUUGAGUUAACACCUGCAGAAGUUCUCUCACAGGUGCAGAGUGUGGUAAAAGAGGCCCUGCCACGCCCAGCAUCAGAUCUGCUUCACUCCUUGGUUCCGGGAGAUUGGAUCUUGGUUCGAGAGACGAGGAGAAAGCACUGGCGGUCUAAAAGGUGGCUGGGUCCCUUCCAGGUCCUGUUGGUCACUCAUACAGCCGUGAAGGUCGCUGAAAGGUCCACGUGGAUUCACGCGUCCCACUGUAGAAGGUUUCAAAGUACCCCAACUCCAGCUGACCUCUCAACCACAGGGCAGAAUAAUCCCUGAG